GUGCCGGCAGCACAGCCAGCGCCAUCCCGUGCGCUCACAGCCCGCUGACCAGCCUCGGGACGCAACUGACCUCCACGCGUGGCCCACGCGACCUCUCCUCGCCGCUGAAACCGUCAGCGCUGCUGCUCGGGAGCCGUAACCGCUCCAACAAGGAGCUGCUCUCAGGGGCUCUCCCAAGCAAAACCGCCGCGCGAGACGCGUGGAACCAGCAAGGAAGCAAGCCGCAGCCAGGAAGCGCUGCCACGACGCCGCCGCAGCGAUGGCCUUGAUGUAUAUCGAUGGACCACUCCAAAUCGACGACAUGGACGACCGCGUCAAGCUCGUAGAUAUGCUCGACGGCGCCUCCGACGGAGCCUGCCUCGCCGUGCUCAAUCGAUUAGACGCGCUGCCGGUCCCCAUCAAAGACAUUAUCAAGUUGGUAGCCAAAAAGCUAGCAAGGGUCCGCAAGCACGAGACGCGAGCCGUCGCCGACGCGGCCUCGGCGCUCAUCGCCAAGUGGUGCGCGCACUACAAUAGCACGGCGCCACCCGUCUCGCCGAGAGCGCAGAAACCCCCGGAGGUCGUCGACCUCACGAAGGAGAAGGAGAAACCGAUGCCGCGCUGGAAGCAGGCCCAGCCGCGGACGGCCCCCGUGCCGAAGCCCCCGCUGCAGCGCGAGGCCUCGGUCACCUUCGAGGACGACGAGAUCCUGCGGAAGGCGGCGCGACACUUAAGAGGUGGAUUAACACGCGUCUCGAAGGUUGCCCAGGCGCCGUCCGCCGAGCCCGCGAGGCAGGAAGCCUCUUUACAAAAGCACGACCGCGAGGCUCUGUUGGACAUCAUUACAAAAGUUGCGAAGGGCGUCCCUAUACAUACAUUGGUGCGCGCGAGCGAGGCGCUCAAGAACACCCCAUCAUUAUCAAACGACGUGAGGAGCGGCUGCUGGCGCGCGGCGUGUCUCGAGCUGUCUCAGAGAACUAAAAGGAGUGGAUUGGAUAGCCCGAAGUUCUUCGACUCAUUGUUGCAGUUGCUCGAGGCCUGUCUGCGGCACGGGACUAUUGAGGAAGAUAAAACCGCAGAAGACUGCCUCGAGCACUUUUCCACGAGUACGUCGAGUGAUACUAGAAAGAAAAAGGCCGAGGAAUUGUUAAUAACGUACCGCGGCGGCUUCGAUCCCUUCGUCGGGACGGAGUGCGUCGUCCGCUCCUGCGUCCCAUGCCAUCGACGCGACGUUUGCUCGAUGGCGUGGAGGCUCACUGGUCGAUGUCCACGCAGGUCGAGGGUUCCGAGUGCAUCGUGACGAAGGCCAAAGGUAAUGAGAGGUACGAGGUCAAGUUCGCCGGCGCCCGCAAGUUCACGGACGGCGGGCGGUGGUGCGGCACCUACAAGAGGAGUGAAUUGCAAGUCGUGGAUCGGCCGAAGAUUUCCGAUGAUAAGGAGGAGGAGUUCGACGUUCACAAAGAGGUGGAGGCCGCGCCCAAGGCGCCGAAGCGGCCCCGCGUCGCGGAACCGCCCGUUGCUGAGCCGGCAGAGCCCGAGAUUGGUGGGUUAGGAACGCGUACCACAAAAGAAACGGAGGAGAAGUUAUGUAAUGAUGUCUUGUGGAGCGUCGACGACGCAGAUCAGGAAGACGGUCAACUCCAUCCUAGAAACAAUUUACCACCAGUACCUCCUGGUCAUAAACGCGUCUUCUGGCGGAAGGCCACGGUCACGGUGCCCGGUCAAGAACCUUUUGUGCUAGACAGGACCGGUGUGGAUGAUAUCGACGGGUGCGUCAUGCCUAGAGUUAGGAUAGCGGCUGAUGAUGCUGCCACAGUCUUCGACGAAUACGUCGUGGCCGUGCACGACAUGUAUUAUGAUGAACCGCUCAAUGAUCCGGACGCGGACGUCGAAUUGAUGCUCGUCUUCGCCUACAUGUACACGCACCGCAUGCUCUUGCUGCGGGACUGCCCCCUGCCGCGGUCGGCAUUGGAGAAAUUGUCGUUUGAUGUGAAUAGAGAAUUAGUGGAGUGCGUGGUCCUGCAGCACCCGACGUCCGUGGAGCUCGUGCGGGGUUCGGUGCGCGUCGGUUGGGUCGAUGAUGCGAGCGCUGACUACUUCCGCUGGCGCGAUUUGGACGGGGAUAGGAUAGUGAAGGCGAGGUCGCCGGCGAUGGAGGCGGCCGAACGAGCUCGCAAGUUCAUGUCAUGAGUAAGUGUCUUAUAAUG